AACCAUGGGCGAGAAAAUAGAAGACUGUGUGUCUAAACAAUGCGUUUUGAAAUGGUAAUCAGUGGUCGACUUCAAUAAGUAAAGGAGAGCCAGAGGAAAGAGUGCUGGACUUCAACACCAAAACCCCGUCGGACCGGCAAGUCCUUCGGAUCCGCCAUGGCUUCCGCGAUGAGAAUCGUUAUCGGAUUACUUACACUUGUUACUAUCGGAAUGAUUGUCGGAUCUUUGCUUCAAUUGGCAUUUAUUCGUAAUUUGGAAGAUUCAUAUGGCACUGGGCUUCCUUCAUUUAGAAGAACACUUGGGAGUCAGAAUGUUGGUGGGAGUCAAUUGUCUACAGUCAUAUCUGGUUGGGCGAAUGACAAAGAAGCUGCACUUCUACGCAUUGGAUAUGUCAAACCUGAAAUAGUUAGCUGGUCUCCACGAAUCAUCGUGUUCCAUAACUUUUUAAGCACCGAGGAAUGCGAUUAUCUUCGAGCAAUAGCCAAGCCCCGUCUUCAGAUCUCAACAGUCGUGGACGCGAAAACUGGGAAGGGAAUCAAGAGUAAUGUUCGGACUAGCUCAGGCAUGUUUUUGAACCAUGCAGAGAGGAAAUAUCCAAUGAUACAGGCAAUUGAAAAACGAAUUUCUACAUAUUCUCAAGUUCCAAUCGAAAAUGGAGAGCUCAUUCAAGUGUUAAGGUACGAACCAAAUCAGUUUUACAGACCCCAUCAUGACUACUUCUCUGAUACUUUCAACUUAAAGCGUGGUGGUCAAAGAGUAGCGACCAUGUUGAUGUAUUUAACUGAUAACGUUGUAGGGGGAGAAACUUUUUUCCCUAUGGCUGGUUCAGAUGAAUGCAGCUGUGGUGGAAAAAUGGUCAAGGGACUUUGCGUUAAACCGAAUAAAGGAGAUGCCGUGCUUUUCUGGAGCAUGGGACUUGACGGAAAAUCAGACCCCGACAGCAUUCAUGGCGGUUGCGAGGUUCUUUCUGGAGAAAAGUGGUCUGCAACAAAAUGGAUGAGACAGAAACCUACUUCCUGAAAGGUUAUUGCAAAUUUAUUAAGGUAUGUACAAGUAUAGCGUCAAAUUUCUAACUUAAGAAACUCAUAUACACAAGUAUUGGGGAACCUUGUAUCAAUUCUAUUCUCAAAAUUAGAUGAUAUGAUUAAGCCAAGUUAUAUGUCUAUUUUUGUAAUGGUGGAUCUUUGGAACAACUUGUGCACACCUGUUCUAAUCCUAUGGGCUCUGAAGUUAACAG